CGCAGUGCGCUGAGGUUGGUUCUCUGCAAAAACACAAAAAAAUGUAUACGACAAGGAAAACAAGAACGAAACGGCCGAAUUCAGUAGUUGUCGAGGAUAGUUUCCAAGAAAAAUCUAUCGAGGUUCUGGGAGAUGGCACAAAAUCGGCUAGAAAAAGCAAACCACCAAAAGGAAAGUCCAUAUCGUCGCUAGUAUUAAACAUCGAAAGUGACUUCAAUAUGGAAAAAGUUGCGUUUAAACCUGGUAAAUGGCGUAAAUCGAUAUCUCUACUGAGAGCAUCUAUUAGCCGACGUGAUGGACCAUGUUCGAUCGGAGGAAGUCGGCGCAUAACCAUGUGUGUGGAAGAUUAUCGGGCAUCACAAACGUUGAACGAAUCCGGAAAAUCGACUAUAGAUAACCUUCAUAGUUUACAAGAAAGGCAAUCCGUAUUGCAUGAUAUUACAAUACACCAGUUUGCAACUCCGCUGAUGCCGAUGAGAACAGUCGCGGGGCAGUGUUAUCUACAAUUGAAAAGUUCAAAAGAUGAAAUUUUGCAGCGCUGCCGACAGAAAGAACCAAUAACUUUCGAUGUUAUGUUUGCAAAUCUCAAAGUGGAUGUCGCACGAAAAAUAGGAGAAGGUGUGUACGGGGAAGUCUUUCAGUGUACUAAACCCAACGGAAGCUGUUCAGUUUUGAAACUUGUUCCGAUCGAAGGAGAACUACUGAUCAACGGGGAAAAACAGAAGACUUUUGACGAAAUUUUAUCGGAAAUAAUAAUAUCAUCAGAACUGAGUAAUCUUCGUCAGCGCAGCAUUCAGUUCUGUACGGACGGCUUCGUCGAGCUUCAAAGCGUGAGCUGCAUAAGAGGCCAUUACCCUCAGGUACUGAAGGACCUGUGGGCUAUAUACAACAACCAGCAAGGCUCGGAGAAUGAUAACCCGGAUAGCUUUCCAGACGAUCAACAUUAUAUAGCUUUUGAAACCGCAUAUGGAGGCAAAGAAUUGGAUGGGUUUCGGUUCAGAAAUGCCCUUCAAUCUUUUGCAGUACUAUCACAAAUAAUGUUAUCUUUGGCAGUUGCCGAAAAACGAUUUGAUUUUGAGCACCGAGACCUUCAUACGGGGAAUAUCUUAAUCAAGCCAACUAAGGAGACUGUUCGAAAGUAUCAUCUACUUGGUGAAGAAAUCGUUAUCCAAACGCAAGGCCUAAAAGCCACCAUUAUUGACUACACACUAUCGCGAAUAAUUUUAAACGGCCUGUGUCUGUUCAACGAUCUGUCGACGGAUGAGGAACUUUUCACUGCGGAAGGUGAUUAUCAAUUUGAAAUUUAUCGCAAAAUGAAAAUCGCGUUGCAAAAUCAGUGGAACGUGCAUUCUCCAAAAACGAACAUAUUUUGGUUGCACUAUUUGAUAGAUAAGCUAACAACGUCGCAGAACUAUCGCGAUAAAAAGAGCAAAGCACACCGGGCGUCAAUGGAAACGAUGAAGGAGUUAAGUAAGGUUCUAAUGGAUUUCAAUAGUAUCUGCGAAAUCGUGCAGCAUUACUUUAAACCGUCUUUGAAUGAAUCAGACAAAGAGAACUAAGAAACUUCAUAAUAAUAUACAAAUUCUUGGUAACGUAACAAUCUUCGCAUUUAUUUUAAAAGGAAAUUAUUACUAAUAAACUUAUU